AUCAUUGAACAGUCCAAACUAAAAACUGUCACUACCCUCUCUCUCUCUUCGCGGAUUAACAUACUGCAAUCACACACAGGCAUAGUUUCGUGCAUUGUAUGAAAGUUGCUCCCAGAAUAAUACAAACUUUUAACAAACUAUUUAAUUGGAAAUGCUGGAAUGUGUUUCAGUCAGACCCUCCACUCCCAACACCAACGCUUCUAUUCCCACACCUUCCAAUUCUCAAGGGAACUCCACGGAGGUAGAAGAAUCAGAAGAAGGAGAAGAAGAAGAUGAAGAAGAUGAAGACGCUUCCACCGCAAGCCUAAACGUUUCGACCGAAUUCCUCCGCGCCGUGCAGGCCCCCUCCUACAACGAGAUCCGCUCCAUCAUCCAAGCCCCUCCGCCGGUCCACCACCCCCACGACGAAGACUCACACCACCGCUACCUCCUAUCUCAGCUCCUCCAACCUGACUCCAACAGCGUUCGUGAAGCCCUCGCCAAGUCCAAACCUACCAGCAAACUCACGCGUCUCGUCUCCACCUACUUCGACCACAGCGAAACCACCUCUGACUUCUGUCUCCGCCUCCUCCUCACCAUCCUCCGCGCGCGCGACCUAUACGCGCCACUCUCCCGCCUCCUCUCCGUCCUCCCCGCCGAUGGGCCGCCGCUCUCCCAGGCCCAGUGCGACCGCGCCUACGACCUCUUCCUCCAAUUCGACAGCCAGGAGAACCCCUUCGUGCUCUCCCACCUCCACCAGCUCCGCGACAGCUUCUCCCACCUGAAGGGCGACAUCCAGCGCGAUCUCCGCAGGUGCCACUCUCGAAUCCGUAUGUUUCGCCACGCCACCGCCGGGUGCGCCGUUAUUUCCGUCGCCGUAAUUGCCGCCGUCGCCGUCGUCGCCGUCCAUGCGGCAAUAGGUUUCACUGCCGUAGCCGCGACGCCGUUUUGUGUUCCCCGGCAGAAGAGGAGGGAGCUUGCGAGGUUGAAGCAGCUUGAGGCUGCGGAGAAUGGAACUCUUGUGGUGAAUGACAUCAACACCAUUGAUAGCCUAGUUGAUCGGCUUCAAACCGCGGUGGAAGCUGAUAAGGCUUUCGUUCGGAUUGCGUUGGAGAGGGGAAGGGAGAGGCAUCCCAUUCAGCAGGUGCUUAAAGAGCUUACAAAGAACCAACCGGUUUUGGAGCAUUUGCUUGGGGAUCUUGAGCAACAUAUAUACUUUUGCUUUUACAGUGUUAACAAGGCCAGAUAUGCCCUUCUCAAAGAGAUAUGCAAUCAUCAAAAUCUAUAGUUAGUUCCUUUUGAGUUUUUAUAUCACAGUCUUAGUCACAGUUUUGUUGCUGUCAUGGUAUUGUGCGAAAUUGCAGUCGAAUUUUGUUGGCAUGACUGUAAUGGCGUCAUCGAGACACCACAAAUCUUGAUGUUUCAAUCGAAAUCGUUGAUUCGGACUAA